AGAAGAAAGCCGACGAGUCUCAUUGGUUGUUUUCUUGUGCAGUUUAUGUUUUCUCACAUUUGAUUGGUUAUUCUCUCAGAGCUCACCGCUAAGGCUAAGGCUAAGGGUAAACAUCGACAACACGUGUUUUAUCUGUUUAUUUUAUUUUUUGUAGUUGUGUGUAUUUCUGUUUCGCUGGCGGUGGUUUGCAGCAACAUUACUAGUUGACUAUGUAUUACUAGUUUGUAGGACAUUAUAAUGCGCUUGCUAACUAUUGUAGUUUGUUUAGCAUUGGUUUCCUGGAGUCAUUGGCAUUAACCAAAGUUUUCUAUUUUUUCUUCCAGCUGAGACACAACAAUCCUUAGUUGUUUUUUUAGACCAUUUACAGCACCUCAAAUGGAGACUGAAAAAUCCGCAGUGUGGAGCGAAGACCAACUCUUAACGCUUCUGGGUGCAAUGAAAAAGAACAUCCCAAAACACACGAGAAAGAGAACCUGGACCUAUGGAAAGAAGGCUCUAGACUGGAAUCAAAUAGCUUUUGAACCUUUUUCACCUGAGGAAUGUCGAGGAAAGUGGGAGGAGAUUUUGCAGAGGCUGUGCAAGAUCCGAACCCUUCCAGAGCUCAUUUUGGAGGCUGAAAUUGCCAAUUCCCGUUAUUCGGAGAAUAACCAAAUUAACCCAGAGUACCCAAAACGACCUGCUCCUGCCCAUAUAUGCUUUUAUAAAGAGAACCUCGCCAAGUUGAAGAAGACGUAUCCAAAUGCGCGUCAUUCAAAACUGCUACAGCGUUCAGCCAGAAAAUACCAGAUGCUCCCAGAAGAAGAAAAGCAACAACAUGAAGAAAACGCCAAGCGUGCAAAAGAAGAUUACAGGAGACGUGUCAUUGAGUUCAAGAAAUGUUCUAAGUCCAAGCAGCUGAAGAAGGAUUCUCAGGUCAAAGAAGAAUCAAGUGAUGGUCAGUUGCAAAAUGACCAAGAAGAAGCAAAUGCAGAGGACGGUACCCUUCAUCCAAACAUUCCUCGGAGUGCAUAUGGUCUGUUCCGCAAAGAGCAACUUGACUCGAUGGGUGAUGUCCCAUUUUCAAACUAUUCAAAAGUGUGGAGUCAGCGUUGGAGAAACUUAACUGAUAGUCAGAAGAUGGAAUACCACAAGCGGUGCCAAGAGAUGAAGAAAGAACAUGGAAUAAAGUCUAAUGCCUUAAUGUUGCAAAAUGACCAAGAAGAAACAAAUACCGAGGACUCCAUCCUUACUUGCAAACCCCCCGUGAGUGGAUAUCGUCUGUUCUGCAGAGAACAUCCUGAUUUGAUUGUCGAUGUCUUAGAACCAAAAUGGCCAGCUGUGUGGAGACAGCACUGGCGCAACUUAACUGAGACCCAGAGGAACGAAUACAUCAAGCGAUGCAAAGAGAUGAAGAGAGAACACACAGUGAAGUUGAAUGAAUUCUUAGAGGAUAUGGAUGUGGAAGAGCAGGAGCAGAUCCUAAAGAAAUAUAACUUGAAGAGACCUAAAUUACCUAAGGGGAAAAUGGCUGAAUUUCCCAAUGAACCCAAGAAGCCACCACGCGGUGCAAAUAUAAUGUUCUGCAUUGAGCAGAUGAAGCAUCUUAAGGAAAUCAAAAAGCCAAAGCAACGCUUCUCCGCUGUCAAUCAAAUGUGGCGUCAUUUGUCCAGAAAUGAGAAGGUAUUCUACAAAAAGAAAUUAGAGGAAAGAGUACUGCAAUAUUCUGUGGAGCUGCAGAGAUGGUUUAAGACACUCACCCCAAGGAAGCAAGAACAGUAUCGGAGAGCAAACCCCAGUAGAUGCCGCUACCUUAACAGCAAAUACGCCUCUGUGGAUGACGAUGAAGAAGCAUCUAAAUGCCAACCAUCAGACUCAGAAGAUGAAGACUUUGAAGACAGCAGCAGUGAAAAUGAUGUGGUCAUUGUUGAGGAUGAAGAAGAGGACGAUGAUGUCGAGAACCACUGAGAACCACAUCACUAACAAUGUAUGGGCUUCAGAGCUGGACUCUACGUUGGUGAAGAUGAUACUCCUCCAUGGCUGAUUUCUGUGGUGGCUGGACAUUUGCCUUAAUUUCUCCUUGUUGGAGCUGUUCUGCAAAGAGGUUCAAACAUGCCAAAACUCCAGAUGUUCUGUGUGGCUUUUGGUUAAUUAUGAGCUGUGCGUGCGUGUGCGCCUGUGUGAGACACCCUCUUAUAACCAGUGACGUGCAGUAAGCUUCAUGGCUGGUGAGGCGCUGACUCUUUCAGAGUCAGAUCUACAAAUCUAUAAACCCAGAAGAAUAUCCCAUUCACCCUUGGAUUGGCAACACUUAAUAGGUUAUGUUUCAUAUCAGCAUUCUUCACACAUACAUACAUGACACAUUUUUAUAUUUAAGGUCAUAAUUGAAUUUUGAAUCAAAUUAUGUUGGAAAUGUACUCUUCCAUUUUGAGAUGACCCCAUAAAGACCCAAACGUCCACAGGCAACCAAAAUCUUUUACUGAUA